GUCUUGUGUAUUUUUCUCUUUGUCUCAUGAAGAAAGAAUUUACAUUUGGUCGCCAUCCACGUAUAGUUCAAUGUUUAAAUAAUAUAAAAUAAACAAUUAAACAUGUCGAGCACCUCGCAGAAGCAUCGCAAUUUUGUGGCGGAGCCCAUGGGCGAAAAGCCCGUAACUGAAUUGGCCGGUAUUGGCGAAGUGUUGGGCAAGAGGUUAGUUUCUGCAGGUUUUGAUAAGGCGUAUGUUGUCUUGGGGCAAUUUCUCGUACUUAAAAGGAAUCAGGAACUUUUUCAGGAGUGGAUGAAGGAUACGUGCCAAGCGAAUUCGAAGCAAAGCGCCGAUUGUUAUCAAUGUCUUUACGACUGGUGUCAGGAAUUUUUAUAAUCUGUUUAUAGUUGAAUUAUCAAAUUUUAUACGUGAAAUAGACUUAAUGUGUAUUUUCCAUUUCAUAUGUGUGGACAAGAAAGAAUUAUUUAUGAAUAAACUAACUUAACGUUCUUAGAGA